AUGCGUGAACCCAAUUUUAGCCAUCCGGCACAAAACAGAGCAGCAAUCGUCAUCACAUCUGCUUUAUACGAUCGAAGAGCUCUCGAUUGUACCGCUACAUUACCGCUCGUCAAUUCGCUUACUCACCUUGCGUACAUGACAUCCACAUCACCCCGUAUACGAGAAAUCUUGGCUGCUGAUGGCGGCCUGGAGCGACUUGUUAAGAUUCUCGCCACCUGUCAGCACACAGACCGCCAUUCGUUGUGGAAAUGGUCCCUCGCAUUCCAGUGCAUGGUUAAUGUGGGAGUGCGUGGUACCGAAGAGAUACGGAGCCGUGUGGUCGAAACGGGAGCAGUCCAUGUUCCGACACAAUCUCGGUCGACACCUACACCUAUCACUCCUUCACGGAGAUUUUUCGGUCCUUUAUCAUCGACAACGAACACUACCACAGCAACCACCACCACGACUACACCUACACCUACAAAUGCUACUAAUACUGCUUCUACGCUUGAACACCAUCAUCACCAGCAACUACAGCAACAGCAAUCCAUGUCGUCAAGCGACAGCAGUCUGUUCUCAGCGCCCAAGAGACGCACGUUUCUCACGCGCACUCCUAAAGCCAAAGCAAAACCUGUCGAUCCAUCACUAUCCUCAAUACCACUGCUGAACAGCCUAUCAUCCGAGGCGAUUCUCCAUCGCGAAGAGGACGUGCUGCUGUCGUUGCAGCUACUCGCUUACCUGUCCAAAUACCCACACAUCCGUGAAUCUUUCCACAAGAACCACCGCCGCAAUGUUUUCUCUGUCGUCGAGAAAUUCACGCACCGGCUCCAUCCUGCCACCAUCAUCUAUUGGGCAGGAGUCAUCAUGCGUAAUGCGUGCAGGAAGGACGAGCAGCGAGGUGGGAUACGGCAAUGUGCAUACAUGCAUUGCGGCAAAUGGGAACGAUAUCCGCGCGAGUUCGCUAAAUGUCGUCGAUGCCGCAAAGCAAAGUAUUGUUCCAAAACAUGCCAAUCCAAGGCAUGGGCUGAAGGCCAUCGAUGGUGGUGCGUUGAACGCCAUCACGCCACACACCCGCCCGCCACAACGACAUCCAGUACCACUGCCGCUGCCGCUGCUGCCGUGGUGGCCGGUGCACCGCAACCCACUCCUCAAACAGAUCAGGUCAUGCCGCUUGCUGCCCAUGGCACGACACCGGAGGUCAUGCCGAUUCCCAUUGACGAGCGUCAGAGCGACAUUUCACAAACUGAUGAAGGAGGGGGAGGCUCGUCUACGGAGGUAGAGGCUGAUGUAGCAGAUAGCAACGGCAUUAAUAUGCGUGAUUUGAUGGAGAUUGAUUAG